AUGGCAUUCAGACGUUUCCAGAGCUUGGAACGCAAAUUUGUCAGGGAUCCAGAGCUCUGCAAGGCAUACUCUGAUACUAUUGACGAGUACAUGGAGCUCACUUAUUUAUCGGAGGUACGUGAUCCAAGCAAUACAGGAUUUUACUUGCUCCAUCAUGCCGUCAUAAAAAAGGACAGUGUGAAAACCAAGGUGAGAGUAGUCUACGAUGGCUCUGCUAAAACCACCACAGACAUUUCAUUGAAUGAAACACUGUUGGUUGGCCCUAAGCUGCAGCAAGACAUCUUCUGGCAGGUUCUCCACUUCCGCACGCACCUGUACACAUUAACAGGUGACAUUGAAAAAAUGUUCUUGCAGUUCGGAGUACGCAAGGAAGAUCGUCGCUAUCAGCGUAUUAUGUGGAGGAACAGCCAUGGCAAAGUGGCUAUUUAUGAGCUGAACAACGUGACAUUUGGAUUGUCCUUUUCACCUUAUCAGGCAGUCCAAUGUCUCCAGCAAUUAGCAGAGGAUGAAGCCCAUCACUUUCCAGUGGCCGCACGUAUAUUGAAACAAAACAUGUACGUGGACGAUCUGCUAUGCGGUUUCAAUUCGAUCCGUGAGGCUAAGCAGGCUCGUGAAGAAAUCACUCAAUUAUUGGCUCGGGGUGGACUCAAUAUCAAGCACUGGGCUUCCAAUGAUCCCAGGUUGCUACGAGGCUUACCCCCCGACUCCAUUCAUCAAAAGCUACAGUUAAACGAUGGAUCGACGCUGAAGACACUGGGAGUGUAUUGGGACUCACAGUCAGAUUCCAUCUCAUACACAGUCCAGCCAGUACCUGUCGUGGAGCGAGUGACAAAAAGAAUUGUCAUGUCGGAAAUCGCAAAAAUCUACGACCCAUUGGGUCUGCUGGGUCCAGUUGUGCUAUCUGCAAAAAUGAUCAUCCAGAAACUCUGGAAUGCCAAGGUUAACUGGGAUGAGUCUGUUCCUGAGCACAUUCACACGGAAUGGACGAAUCUCUGUUCCCAGCUACCUUUGCUAAAUGACGUACAUUUCCCACGCAAGAUCUGUCAGGAGAAUGGCAAACAACUGCAGAUCCAUGGAUUCCGUGAUGCCAGCACCACUGGAUAUGGUGCCUGUAUUUAUGUGUGCUCGAUCGAUAUCCAGGGAAACGUACAGUGCAGAUUAUUUUGUGCCAAAUCAAAAGUUGCACCAGUCAAGUACGUCUCGGUAGCUCGCCUGGAGUUAUGCGGAGCCUUGCUUUUAUCCAGGCUGUACCAAAGCAUCAAGGAUACCAUCAACAUCCCCAUCGAGAAAAUCAUUUUCUGGAGUGCUUCAAUGAUUACUCUGCACUGGAUUAGCAAAUCUUCAAAUUUAUUUAAAACAUUCGUGGCUAAUCGAGUGGCAGAGAUUCAAUCCAGCACUGAAGGAGGCGAGUGGAGACACGUUCCAGGGGAAUCUAAUCCAGCUGAUGCCCUCUCAAGAGACCAGAUGCCAGCAGAUUUUAUCACCAAUGAGCUUUGGAAGGUUGGUCCCCAAUGGCUGUCAGGGCCAGAAGUCAAGUGGCCCACAUCCAAGCUCACUGAGCCAAUUGAAGAUCCAGAGGCCAAGCGAGUGACCUGCAUGAGUGCUACCAUCAAUGACUUCACCCUGCUGGAGAGGUAUCAUUCAAUCCACAAGCUAAAGAGGGUUAUUGCUUACCUGCUCAGAUUCAAGAUAAGCAAUAGAAAAUUCAAAGGUCCAAUUCAAUUGGAAGAGCUCAUCAAAGCAGAGCAAGUAAUCAUGAGGCUCGUGCAGAGGAACGCGUUUCCCAGUGAAUUACGCCAGCUCAGCGAGAAGAAAGAAGUGGAUCGUAAGAGCAAAUUAUCAAAGCUCAAUCCAUUUCUGGACUCUCAUGGCAUCAUUCGAGUUGGAGGAAGACUUCAGGCAGCAGACAUCCCCUACAGCCAGAAGCAUCCGGUCGUUUUACCAAAGAAGGAGUUUGUCAGUGAACUCAUCAUCAGGGACAUGCACAGAGAGCAGGCACAUGCUGGUGCAUAA